UUUUUCGCGUAGUUUGUCUCGCCUUGCCUCUGCGAUGGGUAGGCCUUCCCGCUCUCGGCGUGCUUUUGUCCCCCUUCGGCGACCCGUAGCUCGCUGGUCUUUGAACCGGAGGUGAAAGCGGUCGGCCAUUUUGUGGCGGUUUUCCAGAAGAGGGGGCCAAACAGAGAGGCCUGGUCUGGUCCGGCCAGGCCGGGCCUCCUCCUCCUCCUCCGCCAUCAUCAUGUCCUCGUUCUCGGAGUCUGCGCUGGAGCGGAAGCUGUCGGAGCUGAGCAACUCGCAGCAGAGCGUGCAGACGCUGAGCCUGUGGCUCAUCCACCACCGCAAGCACGCCGCCCCCGUCGUCGCCGUCUGGCACCGGGAGCUACGCAAGGCGAAAUCAAGUAGGAAGCUCACUUUCCUAUAUUUAGCCAAUGAUGUCAUCCAGAACAGUAAACGGAAGGGACCCGAAUUUACAAGGGAAUUUGAAACUGUUCUCGUGGAUGCUUUUUCACAUGUUGCCAGGGAGGCAGACGAGGGCUGCAAAAAGCCCUUGGAACGAUUGCUGACCAUCUGGCAAGAGAGGAGUGUGUAUGGCGGCGAGUUCAUACAACAGCUGAAACUGUCUAUGGAGGACUCCAAUAGUCCCCAACCGAAAGAGAAGAAAAAGUCCUUGAAGGAGUCUGUGUUUUCAGUUACAGAGGAGAAGAAGUCCUUGAAGCGGACAUUUCAGCAAAUACAAGAGGAGGAAGAUGACGAUUACCCUGGGAGCUACUCUCCCCCGGACCCCAAUGCGGGGCCCCUUCUGACGGAGGACUUGAUCAAAGCCCUUCAAGAUCUGGAAAACGCCGCCUCGGGCGAUGCCACGGUACGGCAGAAAAUUGCCUCCCUCCCCCAAGAGGUUCAAGACGUGUCCCUAUUAGAGAAGAUUACAGACAAAGAGGCUGCGGAGCGCCUUUCAAAGACGGUAGACGAGGCGUGUUUGCUACUCGCGGAGUACAAUGGUCGCCUGGCGGCGGAGCUGGAGGACCGGCGCCAGCUGGCACGCAUGCUGAUUGAGUACACGCAGAACCAGAAGGACGUGCUGACAGAGAAGGAGAAGAAGCUGGAAGAAUACAAACAGAAGCUGGCUCGGGUAACGCAGGUCCGCAAAGAGCUGAAGUCCCACAUCCAGAGCCUCCCGGACCUGUCGCUGUUGCCCAACGUAACUGGGGGGUUGGCCCCUCUGCCGUCCGCUGGGGACCUUUUCUCGACUGACUAGGACACACAGGUGUCUAUAUUUCCCCCCUUCCGCCUCUCCCUUCCCACUUUCCACUUGAUACCAGCAAAACACCUCCUUGGCGAACCUCACUGUAACCUGGCAUAGGAAGGAAUGGACGGAGACCCUCCUUUGACCUCUCGCUGCUGUUGGGGAGCGCUUCCCUCACUGGAAAGAAGGGAGCAGCCAUCCCACGUGGCAAAGCUUCCCUUCACCUGGGCAAAUCCUGUGUGUCCUCCUACGGAGAUCAUUCAACAACAACAGAAGCCGAUUGAUGCUUUGCUCCCACCCGGCACCCCCUGCAUAAAGGCGAACUUGGUUGUUUUCUGAAUGGGUUUGGUGUGUGUGAGUGUGUCAAGCUUGAUAUCUCUGGAUCCCCCCUUACUAAGCAAAGAAAGCACAUUGGAGGGUAUGCUUUGUGAAAGGUUUGGGAGGGGACAUACAGACCUCAGGUAAGCAACAAAGAAAAAGUACGUUCUCUUGACUGCCAGCGUAUUCCGUAUUCCUCCAUGCAACAAUCCUUGUUAGUUUGUCAGAUCUGGUUUCACUCAGUCUUCCCUUAUGUUCCUUUCAUCUCCUGCAACGUUUAGGAACCAUGAGGAUCCAACUCUCCUUGGGUUUCGACCCGCCGAUUUCGAAUACCAUGGGAAACCCUCCCAUAGCACUGUGACUAGACUGGCACCAAAGGCUUCCAAACCUUGGCAGCUGGAUUGCUCUCUUUCCACAAGCAAAUGGACUGGGCGGCCGCUUUCUAGAAAGAAAGAUGUUCCCAGUGAAUUGUGUCCAUUGAUUUGCACACCUCCUUUUAUAUAUUCAUCUCUCUUCACCAGUUUGCUGUGGAACCAAGGCAACCAGAAAUCUCAAACUACCUUCUCCAACUUAGCAUUUUCCAGGUGUGUUGGACUACCAAGUCCCCAUACAGCAAUGUGAGGGUUGUAUCGGGAUGUGUGAAAGAUUGAGACCAGGCUGGCUCCAUCAUACGAAGGUUAAUUUCACAUUUGGGGAUUUCUGUGUUCCCAGAACAAACCAAGCCUCCCUCCUUUGCUUCUGUGGUACUCCAAACUGAGGAACCUUCUCAUCCUUUAUGCCCUCAUUUUUGAAGAAGGGGUUAAUGUAGCAAUCCUCAUUUGGCCUGGAAGGUCUGCAGAUCCGUUCCAGCCCCCAAAAUGAGUUUCUUCUCAAAGUUCUGAGUCCUGUGUUGUCAACAACAUAUCUCCUUGGUCUUCACAAUAGAUGCAUCUCUAUGCUUGAUGCUUUCCUCCCAUGUUUGAGGUCACAGGAGAAGCAUUGCCACCACUGGAAGGUCUG